UAUCGACUAACAAAGGCAGUUUCCCUUCUCUUCCCACUUUCCAGAAAACCUUAAACCCUUGAAAAGCUUCCAUGGCGACAGUGCCAGUUAAUCCCAAGCCUUUUUUGAACAAUUUGACUGGAAAGCCUGUGAUGGUAAAGCUAAAGUGGGGAAUGGAGUACAAAGGGUAUCUGGUCUCCGUGGAUUCAUACAUGAACUUGCAGCUUGCAAACGCAGAAGAAUACAUUGAUGGACAAUGCACUGGUUCUCUUGGAGAGAUCCUGAUUAGAUGUAAUAAUGUCCUCUAUCUUCGUGGUGUACCUGAGGAUGAAGAAUUGGAAGAUGCCGACGGCGACUAGUAGUGUGAUCGUUCUUUUAGUGCAAUCAGAUUUCUGGUUCAUUGAUCAUGAUGGAACAACAUAUUCGUCUCCUUGAAUGUAUUAUACAUUAUGUGUGAACUUUCCUAGAUGCUACUAUCUAAUGUAUGAUGAUGGAUAGUUAGGGAAGAUGUUGAUGGCCUUAAUAUCCGAAUCAUAUUUCAUGAAUACUCAUCAA